AUGGCAGUCAAACUUUGGAUGGUGGUGGCCGGCACCGCAAUUGUGAUCCAUGCAGGCAACAUGAUCACGGCAGAGAAGCACGCAGCUAUGGAAGAAGCAGAGGGAUUCCAUGAAGACGUGACGGGAGUGACUUUCCAGGUCUUCGUAGAAGUCGUGUUUGGAUCCUUGCUAGCACUGUGGGGUGGCAUCGGUGAUUUCAAGCCAAUUCGAGCGAGUGAUUCCAAGAAGCCCCGCUGGGAGUCCUUACAUGCGCGGCCAGACUUCCACAGCUACCGAACACGGGCCAAGUUCAUGAGGUCACUUCUGACCAGCAUUGAGUCGCCACCGUGA